AUGAAACUAAAAAAGAAGAAAGUGUGCGAAGAAGUAAAAAAAAAAAAAAGAAAUGAAAUUUCAUGUCAGUUCUCCUUUUCUCCUGGCAACUUAUCUAACUAUCAAUAUAUCCAUACAAUUGAACCAGAUAUCCUUAUAAAGAAAUACAUCUUUCCGUUUCCCAUCAUGAGUGUUUCCGAUCCAUCUAAUUAUUCUUCAAGACAAGUAUUACUUUUGGCCCAACUUCUACAUUCCAGUAGCAUAAGUUCAUUAAAAAAACUCAAAGCAACAAAUGAAAACAAAUUACAAUCGAUAAUCCAACAGUGGAAACUGCAUAAGAUUAACGGACUUGAUGGUGCUACAUUGAAUAAUACAGAUACAACAAUCAAACUCAAUACCAACAACCAACUUAUUGAAUUGUAUGGGAAAUUGUUGCGUAAAUAUGAAGCAAGCAAUACCGAAGAGCUAGCUGAUGCUGCUUAUUUUAAAAGAAUUGAAGAACUAGAAGACAUCAUAAACAAAGAUAAACAACUGUUUACAAAUAUACUACAGAAGUGA